CAUACGUAAGGGGCGUUCCAGAGGCGCGUCUUCUCCUCAGUAGUAAGCAGAGUUGACUACACCGCUGGAGCUCCAUUGAAAGUGGCUCCCCUGUUCAGAGAGCGCGCAAGCAGACAAGGGGGCGGACCGGCGAGAGGAAACUUGACAGAAAACAAUAGCAGUCAUUCCGCUGACCUCCAUAUAGCUGUUAUCAUUUAUCAGCGUUAAUAUUUCUGAAGACAGGCAAUUGUGCUCGCUGACAGACGCGCGAGCGGUUGCGACGGAGGCGGGCCCAGCGAAGGAAUAACGUUAGCAGGAAAACGGAUAGAAAGGUGAGGUGAAGGCACGUUUGGGAAGAGGGAGAAGGAGGGCAGUGACAAGUAAGCGGACUCAGCCACAGGUAGCCCUCCGUUAGCUGUCGUGGCAGAAGAUAUCAAAGUGCAGGCGGGUCUCCGGUCGCUGAUCGGAGCGCCGCGUCGCAGCAAUAAACUGUGUGGAGAGAGAGAGAAGAAGCAGAAAACAGAAGAACCAGACCGCUUCUUUGACGCUCUGCCAGUCCGUCCAAGCGGGCUCCCAGUCAGAGGGAAGAGCAACCAUGUCCCGGAGGAAGCAGAGCAAACCCCGGCAGAUAAAGCGUUCCCUCGGGGAUCUAGACAGCGGUGAGGAAAACACACCGGACAACCUCAGCCUAUCAGGAGAGGAAGGAGGAGCCUCGGACCCAGAUGAUUCAGCAGAGGGUGAUAGCUCCAGCCCCCCACCAUACACAUCACUGUGCAACGAAGAGCCCAGGACGCAGGACUCUCGAGGAGGCCCUGAGGAUGAAGACAGGGACGGAGAGGAGCAAGGCCCAACACACAGUGGCGAUGAGGAGGAAGAGGAAGGGGAGGAAGAAGAAGAGGAGUUACAGUGGAGGGGUCCAGUGUCUUUCAGGGUCUGUUGUGUUGUCCUGCUGUUCCCCCUGAACAUGAGAUGUGAAUGUGACAGGCCUGGGGAAAAUUUAUUCAAGUCGUAACAAAAACACAUAUACACACGGCUAAGAGGAGAUAACAAGUAAAUCGCCAUAAUUUUAUUAUUUAUUUCUUCUCUUAUCAAGGUUUGUUUGGUUAUUUAUUUCUCUCUGUCUGUUGUCUUCAAUGAGUUAAACAAUGCAAUAAGAUUACCGCACUAUCUUGCAUAAUUUCCUUUUCAAGCAGCACACGUUUUAUGUAUGUCUGUGCACGUGUGUCUGCACAGCACUGAGUGUGUAUGUAUAUUUACGAGUGUUUACGUGUGUGUGUGUGUGUGUGUGUGUGUGUGCUUGCACAUGUAUUUUAAUUCCUCUGGUGGGGAAGAGAGGAUGUGUUCAUUAUCGUCAUGUCCCAGCCUUGUCCCUUUAACAGUAAUUGGAGCGAUAUUAAUUGCUGCACAGUGGCUGGUUGAUGGUAGCACCAUGAUGCUGCACUGAUAGGGCCCUUCGUUUUUUUUUUUCUUCCUUCCUCUCCUCCUCACAAACUAACUGCUGGGUGAGCGAGGCAGAGGGAUGGAGGAGGAUGGGGGAGGGAGGAGGGGGGGGAGAGAGAGUAAGGGAGAGAGAUAGCCCCUCUAUCAGCUCGGGAGCAGGCGCUGUCUUUAUCAGGAGCACGAUUGGCAAAAAGGAAACUUUGACCGGUCUGAAUUUUUCUCUUAUCGUCAAGCCCCCCCUCCUCCACCUCCCCUUCCUGCCUCCCUCUCCCCACCCUCCAUCCAUCCACCUUCUUCUCCUCUGGUCUCUCCAUCACCACUAAAACCCCACUAACAGCCUCCCUCCUCUCCACCCUCCACCCCCUAACAGCAUCCAUCGCGCCCUCUUUUUCUGCAUCUUUUUAUUGUUUCUUCUUUCUUCUUCUUCAUCCUGCAUGUCACAGUGGGACUGGAGUCACUGGCUAAUGUGCUGUUGUUCAUACAAAAUGUUCACCAUGUAUCAGACAUAUCCCAUAAACACAUGAGAGGAAAAGUGUAUAUUAGCUGGGAUAGAAAUAAACAGGCUUUUAUCUCCUCUGGGAGUGUUGGUAUUCCACUCGUUUCUCAUUGUUGUUGCCUUUCAGACACUUCUGCUCCUAGGACCAGAAGUUUCUAGCUUUUAAUCUUAAGGGGUUUGGUUGCUUUAAGGCCAGUCAUGCCAAUGGUCCAGUAGUGUCACUACAACCUUUAUGCGACAACUUGUUUGUGUUACAUGCUAUUUAUAGUAUUUCUUUUUCUUUUUCAAUUUCUUUUUCUUUUUUGUCUUUGCAUGUCCAGGUCUCUUGUUGGAUUGAAUCUGUGUUUUUGUUUAGUUGUUUGAUUUGUGAAUAUUUGGGAGAGUGUGUUAUGUGUAUGUUUUUUUAAAUUACAAAAUCAAAUCAAAUCCAUAACCUACGUCCUUGCCUCAGUGAAACUUUGUUUUUAGUGUUACAGUAAAAAGCAAAACUUAGCAGAAAACAAUUUAAAGAUCACUUUCAAAAAAAGACUUUCUCACAUUCAGGACCAACAUCACUCUUAAGCUGAUAUGUCAGUCAUCCCUUUGCUCUUAACACUUUAAUAACAGUAGCGUGCGUAAUCAGUUAGUCGAUUGACAGAAAAUAUUGAUCAACAGCAAUUUAUUGCUAUUGUAACAUUUGCUGGUUCCAAAUGUGAGCAUUUGCUACUUUUCUCUGUUUUAUAUAAUUGGAAAUCUAUGGAGUGUGAGCUAUUAAUUGGGGAAAAAAAUUGCAAUUUCAAGUCACCUUGAACCAUUUUUCACCAUUUUAUGACCUUUCUAGACUAAUCAAUUAAUUAACCUGAAAAAUAGCAUUUAUUCGCAUUCCUUAAUAACAGUACUGUUAUUAAGGAAUGCAAAUAUAUGUUAUUUUUAUUAUUGAUUAGGCUGUCGAGUUUUAAUAGAUGAUGAUUGUAGAAAUUAGAGCAACAACUAAUAUUUUCAUUAAUGAUGAAUCUGCAGACUAUUCUCUCGAUUAAAUGAUUAAUCGUUUUGUCUAACAGAUGUCGGAAACUAUUGCAAAAUGCUCAUUACAAUUUCUCAGAGCCCAAUGUGAAUAUUCAAAAGAAUCAAAUCCUCACAUUUCAGGACCUGGAAACAAAACGUUUGGCAUUUUCGCUCGAAAAUGACAGAAUAAAUUGAUUAUCAAAACAGUUGCCUGUUAAUUUUCUGUUGAAUGACUAAUCAAUCAAUAAAUUAAUCGUUUCAGCUCUAGUGGAAAGAAAUUGUUCUUGGGCACUCUUAGGCAGCUCAAUGAAAAAAAUGAUAUUGAAGUCCUAUAUUGUACUUAUUUAAUGGUGUAAAACACAGAAAAGAACCACAAGAAUGUUCUCUUUUCUUUUCUGUGACCAGUUCUUUUGUCUUCAAGAGCACCUCAAGGUUCCUGGACUUCCUGCAUGUUAAACUCAGCACUUGGCCUCUUUAUUCUCUUAAUAGAUUUGCUAUAGCCUUUGGUUUAGUAAAUGAACACACAAUGCAAUGCAGUGAUCAACAAAAAGAUGUAUAAUGGUCACAGUGUUUUGGUUCUUUUUUAUCUUUUCUCUAACAGAAGUUACUGAGUGUCACUCACUUAAAUUCUUUGUGCUGCCAAGCUUCUCCAAGUUUGUUCAUUUAAAGAAAGAUACAUACGGUACAUUCAUUUUUUACAUUUCUGUCUAUCUUUCGCUCCUCCAUAAUACAUCUCUCAAGUCUUUACCUCUA